AUGCGGCCCCCUGCGCUGCUGCUGCUCUGGCUGCUGGGCUCCGGGGCUGUGGGGGCCGGAGGCCUGCCCUGCGGGAAUCUCUCCGAACCCUGUGCCAACGGGGGCACCUGCCUGCGCCUGCCUCAGGGCCAAGGCGCCUGUCGGUGUGCUCCUGGCUUCCUGGGUGAGACGUGCCGGUUUCCCGAUCCCUGCCAGAACGCCCAGCUCUGCCAGAACGGGGGCAGCUGCCAAGCCCUGCUUCCUGUCCCCUCGGGCUCUUCCUUAGCCCCCAGCUUCCUCUGCACCUGCCCCUCGGGCUUCACUGGCGAGAGGUGCCAGGCCCCGCUCAAGGACCCCUGUUCUUCCUUCUGCUCCCAAAUGGGCCGCUGCCACGUCCAGGCCUCGGGACUCCCGCGCUGCCUCUGCUUGCCCGGGUGGACAGGCGAGCGGUGCCAGCUUCGGGACUUCUGCUCGGCCAACCCCUGCAUGAACGGAGGGGAGUGCCUGACCACCUACCCCCAGAUCCAAUGCCGCUGCCCCCCGGGCUUCGAGGGCCACGCCUGCGAGCGCGACGUCAACGAGUGUUUCCGCGACCCGGGGCCCUGCCCCGCGGGCACCGCCUGCCGCAACACGCUGGGCUCCUUCCACUGCGCCUGCCCCGCGGGCCGCCCCGGCCCCCGCUGCGCGCUCCGGGCCGGGCCCUGCCCCCCCGCGGGCUGUGCCAACGGGGGCACCUGCCAGACGGUUCCCGGCGAGGGCGCCAGCGCCCACCUCUGCCUCUGCCCCCCCGGUCUCACAGGCCCGCGCUGCGAGGUGGACCCGGACGACUGCGCCGGGCACCCGUGCCGGAACGGCGGCACGUGCCAGGACGGACUGGGCGCCUACACCUGCCUCUGCCCCGAGGCCUGGACAGGCCCCGACUGCUCGGAGGACGUGGACGAGUGUGAGCCCGGGCGCGGCCCCCGCUGCGCCCACGGCGGCACCUGCCGGAACGCGGCCGGCGGCUUCCACUGCGUGUGCGGCAGCGGCUGGGGCGGCGCCCGCUGCGAGGACAACCUGGACGACUGCGCCGCCGCCACCUGCGCCCCCGGGGCCACCUGCAUCGACCGCGUGGGCGCCUUCUCCUGCCUCUGCCCGCCGGGCCGCACAGGCCUCCUGUGCCACCUGGAGGACCGGUGCCUGAGCCAGCCCUGCCACGGGGAAGCCCAGUGCAGCACCAACCCCCUGACGGGCGCCACGCUCUGCCUGUGCCAGCCCGGCUACACGGGCCCCACCUGCCACCAGGACCUGGACGAGUGCCAGAUGGCCCAGCAAGGCCUGGGGCCCUGUGAGCACGGCGGCUCCUGCCUCAACACCCCCGGCUCCUUCCACUGCCUCUGCCCGCCUGGCUACACCGGCUCCCGCUGCGAGGCCGACCACAACGAGUGCCUGUCCCAGCCCUGCCGCCCCGGCAGCACCUGCCUGGACCUGCUCGCCAGCUUCCACUGCCUCUGCCCCCCAGGCUUAGAAGGGCGGCUCUGUGAGCUGGAGACGGACGAGUGUGCCUCUGCUCCCUGCCUGCACCAGGCCAGCUGCCAGGACCUGCUCAACGGCUUCCACUGCAUCUGCCCGCCUGGGUUCACGGGCUCCCGGUGCGAGGAGGACGUCGACGAGUGUGGCAGCUCUCCCUGUGCCAACGGCGGGCAGUGCCAGGACCAGCCUGGGGCCUUCCACUGCGAAUGCCUCCCGGGCUUUGCAGGCCCGCGCUGCCAGGCGGAGGUGGACGAGUGUCUGAGCGGCCCGUGUCCCCCGGGCGCCAGCUGCCUUGACCUCCCGGGGGCCUUCUCCUGCCUCUGCCCCUCCGGCUUCACAGGCCCUCUCUGUGAGGCCCCCCUGUGUGCCCCUGGCCUGUGCCAGCCCGAGCAGAGGUGCCAGCGCCAGGAGGACCAGGCCCGCUGCCUCUGCCCCGACGGCCGCCCCGGCUGUGCCCCCGCGGAGGGCAACUGCACCUGCCGGCAUGGGCACUGCCACAGGUCCGCGUGCGUGUGUGACGAGGGCUGGAUGGGACCCGAGUGUGAGGCCGAGCUGGGGGGCUGCGUCUCCGCGCCCUGUGCCCACGGGGGCACCUGCCACCCCCAGCCCUCCGGCUACAACUGCACGUGCCCCGCAGGCUACACAGGGCCCGCCUGCACCGAGGAGGUGAGCGCCUGUCACUCGGGACCCUGCCUCAACGGUGGCUCCUGCAGCCCCCGCCCCGGGGGCCACCUCUGCACCUGUCCCCCAGGCCACACCGGGCCCCGCUGCGAGAGCCGCGACCUCUGUGCCUCCGCCCCGUGCCUCCACGGGGGCACCUGCGUGGACAGGCCCGGCGCCCCCUCCUGCCUCUGCGCCCCCGGCUUCCAGGGCCCGCGCUGUGAGGGCAGGGUCCGUCCCAGCUGCGCAGACAGUCCCUGCAGAAACAAGGCCACCUGCCAAGACGGGCCCCAGGGCGCCCGCUGCCUCUGCCCCACCGGCUACACGGGGAGCAGCUGCCAGACGCUGGUGGAUGUAUGCGCCCAGAAGCCCUGCCCCCGAAAUGCCCGCUGCCUGCAGGCCGGGCCCGCCUUCCAGUGCCCGUGCCUCCCGGGAUGGACCGGGCGCCGCUGCGAAGUUCCGCUGUCCUCCUGCCAGCAGGCUGCCCUGAGCCAAGGCACCGACGUCUCUUCCCUGUGCCAGAACGGAGGGCUCUGCGUGGACAGCGGCCCCUCCCAUCUCUGCCGCUGUCCCCCUGGAUUCCAGGGCAGUCUGUGCCAGGACAGGGUGAGCCCAUGCCAGUCCCAACCCUGCCAGCACGGGGCCACCUGCGUGGCCCAGCCCACGGGGUAUCUCUGCCAGUGCGCCCCGGGCUACGGAGGACAGAACUGCUCAGAGGAGCCCGACGCCUGUGGAUCCCAGCCCUGUCACAACCAGGGCACCUGCACGCCCACCCCCGGAGGCUUCCGCUGCGCCUGCCCCCCGGGCUUCGUGGGGCUGCGCUGCGAGGGGGACGUGGACGAGUGUCUGGACCAGCCCUGCCACCCGAGUGGCACUGCGGCCUGCCACCCUCUGGCCAACGCCUUCCUCUGCCAGUGUCGGCCCGGGCACACGGGCCAGCGGUGUGAAGAGGAGAUAGACCCCUGCCAGAGCCAGCCCUGCUCCCACGGGGGGUCUUGUGAGGCCACAGCAGGACCACCCCCGGGUUUCACCUGCCGCUGCCCCCCGGGUUUUGAAGGGCCCACCUGCAGCCAGAGAGCCCCCUCCUGUGGCCCCCAUCACUGCCACCACGGUGGGCUGUGUCUGCCCUCCCCCAAGCCUGGCUUCCCACCCCACUGUGCCUGCCUCAAGGGCUACGGGGGCCCCGACUGCCUGACCCCGGCCGUUCCAGGCUGCGGCCCUCCGUCUCCUUGUCUCCACAACGGCAGCUGCUCGGAGACCUCCACGCCGGGGGGCCCAGGCUUCCGGUGCUCCUGCCCCCCCAGCUCCGCAGGGCCCAGGUGCCAGAGCCCCCGAGCAGAGGGGUGUGAGGGCAGAGGGGGCGACGGGGCCUGUGACGCUGGCUGCAGCGGCCCGGGAGGGAACUGGGAUGGAGGAGACUGCUCGCUGGGGGUCCUGGACCCCUGGAAGGGCUGCCCCUCCCACUCCGGCUGCUGGCUUCUCUUCCACGACGGGCAGUGCCACCCGCAGUGUGCCUCUGCAGAGUGCCUGUUUGACGGCUAUGACUGUGAGACGCCUCCAGCCUGCACUCCAGCCUAUGAGCAGUUCUGCGGCGAUCACUUCCACAACGGGCACUGUGAGAAAGGCUGCGACACCCCGGAGUGUGGCUGGGAUGGAGGCGACUGCAGGCCCGGAAAUGGGGGCUCGGAGUGGGGGCCCUCCCUGGCCCUGCUGGUGGUGCUUAGCCCCCCAGCCCUGGACCGGCAGCUGCUUGCCCUGGCCCGGGCACUGUCCCUGGCCCUGAGGGUGGGGCUCUGGGUGAGGAAGGACAGUGAUGGCAGGGACAUGGUGUACCCCUAUCCUGGGGCCCGGGCCGAAGAGGAGCUGGGAGGGAUUCCAGACCCCUCUCAUCGAGCAGCAGCCCCUCAAACACAGCCUGUGGGCAAGGAGACCGAUGCCCUCAGCACAGGGUUUGUGGUGGUGAUGGGCGUGGACUUGUCCCGCUGUGGCCCUGACCGCCCUGCCUCCCGCUGUCCCUGGGACCCUGGCUUCCUGCUGCGCUUCCUGGCCGCCAUGGCUGCAGUGGAGGCCCUGGAGCCCCUGCUGCCGGGCCCCCUGCUGGCUGCCCACCCCCGUGCAGGCACCGAGCCCCCCGCCAACCAGCUCCCCUGGCCUGUGCUGUGCUCGCCAGUGGCCGGGGUGCUUCUCCUGGCUCUUGGGGCUCUUCUCAUCCUUCAGCUCAUCCGGCGGAGGCGCCGAGAGCACGGGGCCCUCUGGCUGCCCCCCGGGUUCACGCGAAGGCCUCGGCCUCGGCCGGCUCCCCGCCGCCGGCCCCCACUGGGCGAGGACAGCAUCGGCCUCAAGACCCUGACGCCAGAGGCCCACGCUGAGGAGGACGGAGUGGCGAUGUGCUCAGGCCCCGAGGAAGGAGAGGAGGCUGAAGACAUGGCCUCCCCCUCCAAGUGCCAGCUCUGGCCUCUGAGUGGUGACUGUCGAGAGCUCCCCCAGGCGGCCCUGCUGACUCCUCCCCAGGAAGCGGAGAUGGACAUCCCGGACGUGGACCCCCAUGGGCCUGAGGGGGUGACACCCCUGAUGUCAGCAGUCUGCUGCGGGGCAGUGGCGUACAGGGCUUCCCUGGAAAGCUCGGAGCCCUGGGAGCCUGUGUUCGCCGGAGGGGCCUGGCCCCAGGCUCACACCGUGGGCACUGGGGAGACCCCCCUGCACCUGGCUGCCCGGUUCUCCCGACCCACGGCUGCACGCCGCCUCCUGGAGUCUGGAGCCAACCCCAACCAGCCAGACAGAGCGGGGCGCACCCCGCUCCACACCGCUGUGGCAGCCGACGCCCGGGAGGUCUGCCAGCUCCUACUCCGCAAUAGACAGACAGAGGUGGAUGCCAGGACAGUGGAUGGCACCACGGCCCUGAUGCUGGCCGCCAAGCUGGCAGUGGAGGACCUGGUUGAAGAACUGAUUGCAGCCCAAGCAGAUGUGGGGGCCAGAGAUAAAUGGGGAAAAACCGCUCUGCACUGGGCCGCCGCUGUCAACAACGCGCGGGCCGCCCGCUGCCUUCUCCAGGCCGGAGCCGAUAAGGACGCCCAGGAUGGCAGGGGGCAGACGCCGCUGUUCCUGGCGGCCCGCGAAGGCGCGGCGGAGGCGGCCCGGCUGCUGCUGGGGCUGGGGGCGGCGCGAGCGCUGCGCGACCAGGCGGGCCUGGCGCCCGCCGACGUGGCCCGGCAGCGCCACCACUGGGACCUGCUGGCGCUACUGCAGGGGGCGGGGCCCGCGCACGCGCGCCCCCGGGCGCCGCCGGGCCCUGCGGGCGCCUUCGCGCGUGCGCGCGCCGCCUCCGGAAGCGGCCGACGGGGCGGGGCCGUGCGGCGCCACCGGACGCUGUCGGUGGGAGCCGCCCCGCGUGGGCGCGGAGCCGGCCUGCAAACCCGCACUUUGUCCGUGGACUUGGCCGCGCCCGGGGGCGGGGCCCACUCGCAGUGCCGAAGCCUAGCGAAAGCAGCUGGAGGAGGCCCGCCCCGCCGCGACCCCACGUUCCCCGCAGGCUCGCGUGGGCCGAGGCCCGGCCCCGCCGCCGUGCCGGGAAGGCCCGGGGUCGCGACCUCCGCGGGCGGGCCGUGUGGCUGGGUGUCCCUGGGAGCCUGCGGCCGCGCCCCCAGCACUCGGAGCCCGCCUCCUUGCCUGACUCCGUCCCCGGAGUGCGGGUCUCCUAGCGUAGCCUGGGGCUCCCCAGUCCACCCAGUAAUACCCCCAAAUGCACUAAGCGAACCUCAAAAAUAG